CCCUAUUUCACCUACGUUGGGAAGUGCAAUUGCACCCUCUUCUCCUGUAAUGCAAGCACUGACACAAUACUCCUGUAUUGCACAAUGCAUUGACACCAAAGCAAAUACUCUGCACCAAGGUGCCUAUCGAAAAGAAUAAAUUGUAAAGGCCGGUGGGCGCCAAUUUGACUAGGCAAUUCAAGACGGACUGGGAAGCGCGGAGUGGAAGUCUUGAGCUCCAGAGCAUUGUUUCCUGUGAAAUUCACUUAUAUAUGUGUGUUUGGGGAAAGGGACUGUGUUUGAGACGUAUACUCAGAAAUAAGUGUUUUAAUCAAUUCAUUAAACAUUACAUUAUAUAUUAUAUCAAUGUCCGAAAUUGGGAUGCCUCAAGUUGAAGCUUGACAAAACGCUCGUGAAGUGUAUCUACCUACUUUGAGCUGUCAGACAUGUCCAAAGUUAACAGCGACAAAGGCCUUAAAAAUAAUUUUUGUGAAAUGAGGGAGAGGGAACCCCAUCUCCAAAACUACAGAAAUCUUGAAUUUGUAUUUGUGGGCAAUUUCAAUACUUUUUCUUUUAUCAACACUAGAGUAAACAAAACCAAAUACACCAAAUAAUUGUGGAUGUUGGCUGCACACAAUGAAAUGAAAGAAAAAUCCUAUGAUCGGAAGCCGAUUUAUUCCGAUCCACCGGUGUGAACUCAGGAGCAGGUGAGAGACUGAAACAUAUUAGGAAUAUGCCGGGAAGGUUAGAAGCAGGUUGAGCUAAUGUUCGUAAAAUUCACAAGGAUAUUUUACGCGGCCCCCACGACUAAAUUCGAAGAUCACAAACCACAUUUAUCUCCAUCGCAACUACUAUCUUAUCAAAAAUCAGAGGAAUAUGAGAGUGCAGUGCAUUCUUUAAAAAAACAAAGCCUUACUUGAGCAAAUGGUAGACGACCUUCACAAACUAUGAACACAUUUUAGGUGGGAGGUUUUCUAUUUAAAGAUCCACACAGCGUCUUCGCUACAGUAAGCGACAGUAAGUAAUAAGUUCGCACGAUUGCAUUUUUGUGCGAGUCAGUGCAUUGCUAUGAAUGCGUGAAUAUUUUUGUUGCUUAUUAUAACGAACAAUUUUAUAAGUUAUUAAGAAUCAUGUCAAGGGAAGGAUACCUGAAACAAGAACCUGGAUUUGCUACCAGAGCUAUCCAUUCUGGUUAUAAAGCAGAACAAGAAUCAACUUGGGCUGUAGUGCCUUCAAUUUCACUUUCAACAACUUUUAAGCAGGAAAGUCCUGGUCAACACAAGGGUUUCGUGUAUGGAAGAAGUGGAAAUCCUUCACGAUCUAUGCUGGAAAAAUGUCUUGCUACAUUGGAUAAUGCAAAGUAUGGAUUAUGCUUCUCUUCGGGGCUUGGAGCAACAACAGCAGUACUUAAACUUUUAAAACCUGGAGAUCACAUAGUUGCUCUUGAUGAUCUUUAUGGUGGCACGUACAGAUUACUUACACAGAUUGCUGAGCCCAUGGACAUAAAAACAACAUUUGUUGAUGGCUGUGACCCUAUGAAUGUGGAAAAUGCCAUCACAAAAGAUACAAAAAUGGUAUGGCUGGAGACUCCAACAAACCCCCUAUUGAAAAUUAUAGAUAUAACAAAAGUUUGUGAAUUAGUUCACAGACACAAAAAUGUAAUUGUUGUUGUAGACAAUACAUUCCUCAGUGCAUACUUUCAGAGACCUCUCAAUUUAGGUGCAGAUAUAACUAUGUACUCUUUAACAAAAUAUAUGAAUGGUCAUACUGAUUGUGUAAUGGGAUCUAUUUCAACCAACAAUGAACAGAUUUAUGAAAAGCUUAAGUUUGUUCAAAAAGCUACUGGAAUAGUACCAUCUCCAUUUGACUGUUUCCUGGUAUUCCGCAGUUUAAAGACCUUAUCAUUACGAAUGGAACAACAUAUGAAGAAUAGUCUUGCUGUUGGGCAGUUUUUGGAAACUCAUCCACUUGUAGAGAAAGUAAUUCAUCCAGGUUUGCCGUCUCAUCCACAGCAUUCCCUUCUGAAGAAGCAAUGUUAUGGAUACAGUGGAAUGGUUACUUUUUACUUGAAAGGGGGAUUGGAAGAAUCUAAAACUUUCCUUUCUUCCCUUAAAAUAAUUACUCUUGCUGAGAGUUUAGGAGGAUAUGAAAGUGUUGCACAACUGCCAUCAUACAUGGCACAUGCAUCAGUGCCUCCAGAAGAACGUGCAAGAAUUGGUAUUACAGAUAACUUGAUUCGUGUGUCAGUUGGUUUAGAAUCAGUUGAAGAUCUAAUUGCAGAUAUUGAUCAGGCAUUCCAGGCUGUUAAUGCACUACAAAAUAAGUAAAAAAUAUAUCCAAUUUCAGUAUAACUGAAGGAGGUAAUUAAAAACAUUUUGCAUUCAAAUAUUAGAACAUGAAACUUAUAAAAAUAUUUUUUGCUCAUAAAAUAAUAAAUAAUACAACAAAUAAUUUUUAUUGUAAUCUA